CUCUGAGAUCAAGAGUUGCAUCCUGUACCAACUGAGCUAGCAGGUAUUGGAAACAAAGGCGCAUACCUUGAAGGCAGUAGCACCUCUUCCAUUGUCAACUGAUUCUUACGGAAGUCUGUGGAGUCUCCCCUUUGGGCCCCUAUGAAUAACCACGUAGCUUCAAAACCAGCCACCAUGAAGCUGAAACAGACCAUCAACCCCAUUCUUUUGUAUUUCAUACAUUUUAUGAUAACACUUUAUACUGUUGUAACAUAUAUUCCAUAUUAUUUUUUGUUUGAGACAAGACAAGAAAAAUCAAACCGAAUUAAAGCAAAGCCUGUGAAUUCAAAACCUGAGUCUGCAUACAGAUCCAUUAACAGUUUGGAUGGCUUGGCCUCUGUACUGUACCCUGGAUGUGAUACGCUAGAUAAAGUUUUUAUGUAUGCAAAAAACAAGUUUAAGGACAAAAGACUCUUGGGGACACGUGAAGUUUUAAGUGAGGAAGAUGAAAUACAACCAAAUGGAAAAAUUUUUAAAAAGGUUAUUCUCGGGCACUAUACUUGGCUCUCCUAUGAAGACGUCUUCCUUCGAGCUCUGAACUUUGGAAACGGCUUACAGACGUUGGGUCAGAAACCAAAGACCAACAUUGCCAUCUUCUGCGAAACCAGGGCUGAAUGGAUGAUUGCCGCGCAGGCGUGCUUUAUGUAUAAUUUUCAGCUUGUUACAUUGUAUGCUACUCUGGGAGGCCCGGCCAUCGUGCACGGAUUGAAUGAAACAGAGGUGACCAACAUCAUUACCAGUAAAGAACUCUUGCAAACAAAGUUGAAGGACAUCGUCUCUUUAGUCCCACGCCUGCGGCACGUCAUCACCGUGGACGGGAAGCCUCCGACCUGGUCCGAGUUCCCCAAGGGCGUCAUCGUGCACACCAUGGCCGCCGUCCAGGCCCUGGGCGCCAAGGGGAGCACAGAAAACCAACCUCCGAGCAAACCAGCGCCCUCAGAUAUCGCCGUGAUCAUGUAUACCAGUGGAUCCACAGGACUUCCGAAGGGGGUCAUGAUCUCCCACAGUAACAUCAUUGCCGGGAUAACUGGGAUGGCGGAAAGGAUCCCAGGGCUGGGAGAGGAGGACGUUUACAUCGGCUACCUGCCUCUGGCCCACGUGCUAGAGCUGAGCGCCGAGCUCGUGUGUCUUUCUCACGGAUGCCGCAUCGGCUACUCUGCGCCGCAGACCUUAGCAGACCAGUCUUCGAAAAUAAAGAAGGGAAGCAAAGGGGAUACAACCAUGUUGAAACCAACACUGAUGGCAGCUGUUCCGGAAAUCAUGGAUCGGAUCUACAAAAAUGUCAUGAAUAAAGUGAAUGAAAUGAGUAGUUUCCAGCGCAAUCUCUUUAUUCUGGCCUAUAAUUACAAAAUGGAGCAGAUUUCAAAAGGGCACAGCACCCCUCUGUGUGACAGGUUUAUUUUCCGCAAAGUCCGCGGCUUGCUGGGUGGGAACAUCCGGCUCCUGUUGUGCGGCGGAGCUCCACUGUCUGCAACCACACAGCGCUUCAUGAACAUCUGUUUCUGCUGCCCCGUCGGGCAGGGCUAUGGGCUCACCGAGUCUUCCGGAGCAGGAACGAUUACGGAAGUGUGGGACUACAACACGGGCCGAGUGGGAGCACCAUUAGUUUGCUGUGAAAUCAAGUUGAAGAACUGGGAGGAAGGUGGAUACUUUAACACCGAUAAACCGCACCCCAGGGGUGAAAUUCUUAUUGGUGGCCAAAAUGUGACAAUGGGCUACUACAAAAAUGAAGCAAAAACAAAAGCUGAUUUUUUUGAAGACGAAAAUGGACAGAGGUGGCUCUGUACCGGCGAUGUGGGCGAGUUUGACCCUGACGGUUGUUUAAAGAUUAUCGAUCGUAAAAAGGACCUUGUGAAGCUCCAGGCAGGAGAGUACGUUUCUCUUGGGAAAGUGGAGGCAGCUCUGAAGAACCUGCCGCUCAUAGAUAACAUCUGCGCGUACGCAAACAGUUACCAUUCCUACGUCAUUGGAUUUGUCGUGCCAAAUCAGAAGGAACUCACAGAACUCGCCCGGAAGAAGGGACUGGAGGGGACGUGGGAGGAGCUGUGUAACAGCUGUGAGAUGGAGAACGAGGUGCUCAAAGUGCUUUCCGAAGCUGCUGUCUCAGCAAGUCUAGAAAAAUUUGAAAUUCCAGUAAAAAUUCGUUUGAGCCCUGAACCGUGGACCCCCGAAACUGGUCUGGUGACCGACGCCUUCAAGUUGAAACGCAAAGAGCUUAAGACACAUUACCAGGCGGACAUUGAGCGGAUGUAUGGAAGAAAGUAGCUCUUCCCUCUCGGCCCGGGUUGCUCCAGGAGCUCGGAUCAAAUAGGAAAAUACUUGAAGUGCGUGUCUCCAGUUGUGAGGCAAACCCCACUCUUCAUAUUAGAACCUAAACUGUUACUUCUCAUGACGUCGCCAUUUUUACUGACAGGAUUAGUAAAACGUUAAGACAGCAAACUGGUGUCUGUCUCUUCUUUCUUCCCUCUUUCCAACUUACCUUCCCACCUAGGACUGCACUUGUCAGCAUGAGGACUUUCUGAAUCAUUUUGGGGAACGGUGAUUUUAAGACCUCAAGUUUUUAAACAUGAUUUAUAUGUUCUGUAUAAUGUUGAGUUUGUAACUUUUUAAAGUUUGGAUGUAUAGAGGGAUAAAUAGGAAAUAUAAGACUUGGUUAUUUGGGGGGCUUUUUUACUUACAGUAUUUAAAAACGCAAGGGUAUGGAUGUGAAAUUAUGUAAAUUCAGAUGCUUAUGAAUCGAAUCAUUGUUGAACAAAAGAUUUGUUGCUGUGUAAUUAUUGUCUUGUAUGCAUUUGAGAGAAAUAAAUAUACCUACACUUACGUUUUAAGAAAUUGAGACCUUGUGAAUAUAUGCCUGAUAGCGUCUUCUUUAUAUAUUUAUUUUUUAUUAGGGAAGUUUGGUUGGUGCUGCGUAACAGAAACUCGCACUGGGGCGUUAGGUCAGCGGUGAAGACGGCAGGCACAGCCCCCUCGGAAUGGGCAGGGUCUUCUAGGUGGCUUCGGAAAUAGGAGAUUAUCUAAGCUUUUUUUUUUUUUUUUGAAGCAUUGGUAAAAGUUGGGGUGGAAUUUAAAACACAAAGCAUAGAAAUCUAUUCUUUAUUUCAUCAACCAUAUGUACACUGAGUUGUCUAUAUUUACAACACAUCAAUCCUGGAAAGUUAUUCUAUCCACUCCUGUACUUUUAGUCAAGAUGCGUAAUCCUAUCUCAUUUCAAAAUUAGGAUUUUUUCUCUUGAUCGUUUGCACUGGGAGUGAGUGUGUGUGUGUGUGUGUGUCUGUCUCAGUGACUGUUGGCAGCUUAUUAAAAAAGCACCUUACCCUUUCUGUGAAACAGAAAAUGAAAACAUGUAGAGUGCUUCUGAUAAUUGGCAUUCUUACUAAGAUACAUGAUAAUUUAAUUAACUUUAUACCGAGGUGACUUACGAUUUAAUUUGUAGGUUUUUGUGUGACUGUAGGAGUCAUUUUUGAUUCCAGAAACAAUGCUUGUAUGAUAAGUCUUUUCAUGUAUGUUGCUUGCCUCCUGUUACUUGAGCAUUAUCAAGAGUAAUAUGCAUCAGUGAAGGAAGGUGUGUUCAAAUCAAGACUUAAAAAACAUAGAGACUGUGUUUUUUAUGUCAUAUUGGCUAUUUUCUUGCUUCUCAGUUACUUUAGGCAUCAAAAGACCAAAAAAAAAAAAAAAAAGUUAGGAACGUAGGCCUGUGUAGGAUAGCGGGGUGUUGAGACCCAGGGCCCUAAGACUCAGUCACGUCACAUUCAUGUCCUGUUUGGAGACAUUACAAAACGGUGUUCGGUUUUGAACUUGUCUUGUAUUUGUGUCUCUUUGUAUUAUGUUUGGAGUGCGUUUCUCCUUGUCAUUGUUUAAAUUUUCAUAAACUUUGGGAAACUUGCCAAGAUGUUAAACUACGAAAGAAAUGAAAUGGGACAUAUCAGGAUGUUGUGAUCUAAAAAUGAAGUCGGGGUGCAUGGAGAAUCUUUCUGAUGCCUGAUCUUUAGUAUAACUAUUUGCUUUCAAAUGACUUUUGAGAAGUUGUAUUUAGGAAAAAAGAUGGUGGUUCAAAGGAGAGAGAGCAAUGUAAUUGUCACUUGAAACAGCUUCCAAUGAAUACGCAGCUUACCGCGGGUUCCGAAUAAAAGUUGCUUCUUUUCGGAAGCAUUGAUGAAGGCUGGUUUAAUCUGCAUGAACUUCUAUUUUUCUUAUUUCUUAUAAUUCCUGUGAGUCCUAAAAUGUCCAAUGCCAGGUGUCAAAUCCACAGCAAAAUGUGAAAUUAAGUGAGCAUAAUCUGCUUUCAAAGUACUCUAGGAUGUAUUUUAAAAAUAAUAUAUUUUAAUAUUACCCUUUCAAAAAGAAACGGUUGGUUUGAAAACCAAAACAACGGUAAUUUUAUUAUACAAAAUACCAGCUUAGUCAACAUGCCUGGGAAGAAAAAGUCUGAAGAGUUUCAAAAUAAGUUACUAAAUCCAAUACCUCUGAAAAUAGACUAUAGAUCCUUAAAGAAUGAUUCCAAAGAACUUGUUUUCUGGAAAGAAGUUACAUCAGAAUUCUUCAGCCUUUCCUGUUUGUUACAGUAAGUCGUGCGCUCCCCCCUCGCACGGCGUCCCCACCUCCCCUGCUGGGAUUUUUUUAGCCUCAACUUUAUUAACAAGUUUUUACUGACCACAAAAUAAAACUUAAAGUGGUCUCUACUUUAUAAGUACUGCUUUGUUUUUAAAGAAUGGAUCUGAUAUCCAUGGUGUUCUCUAAAGCCUGCGAUUUUUUCAGCAAUGUUUAAAAAUAGAUUAUCUUGGAAUCACUUUUUGCUGGUAAAAUCAAAAAGUUUUACAGUUUUUAAGCAGUUAUUCCGAUACAACUUUAAAACUUAAAAUCUCUUGAGUUUUCUUUUGUAAGAGAAUUAGGUACUAGGUACAUCUGUGAUGUUCUAAAGGGGACCCACUUUAAGUGUAUACAAAUUGGACACUGAAAUGUAAUGCGUCCUUUCUCUAUACUUGACAGUUGAUUAUUCACUGUGAGUUCAUCUUCUGUGUAUUCUUGUCAUUGCUGUUUUCCACCUGGGGAAGUGUACAUCAUAAAAAGCAACAUGGCCUCGUGGUAGACUAUUCAUUUGUAACUUGACACCAAGUGUGGAGAAUAAAGAUAUGUAAAAAGUUUCUGAUUAUGAAAACUCAAUAUUCUGUUUUAUUCAAAAACUAUAAUAAAGUCAAACGUUAAUUCACA